AUCCCUCGCUCUCACCAUGUUACUGCACCCUAGUCCUUCACCUGCCGGCUUGGGGUUGAGCAAAGACCAGGUUCGGAGCUGCACUGCGGAAGUCGUCCGUGAUACCCUGCCCCCACGCGAGGCCACCAGCCUGCUCGAGCUUCUGCAGCGAGCUGCAACCACCUCUGCAGGUAUCACCUUUUACAAGACCUCAGGUUCUACUGCAGAGUCGGCAGAGUGGUUUUCCUACCAGCAGCUGCUCAUACAGGCCUGCCAUGAUGCGCAGUGGCUGCAGACCUCGGUGUCGAACCUGCAGCGGGACACGGUCUUCCUGCUGCAUUUCGACACCCACGAGGAAAAUAUCCGCUGGUUCUGGGCGUGCACAGUCGCGGGCUAUUUGCCGUGUAUUGUUCCCAAGUUCGCGGUUUCGACCGACCGUCGCAUCGCGCAGGCCGAACACAUCCUCCGGCUGCUGGAUGGGCCGGUGGUGCUCACCAAUGGCCGCAUGGCGUGCGCCUUUCAGGGCAUCGACACCCCGCGUUUGUAUCGGGUCGAUCAGCAAACCGCACUGACCAGCAGACUGGCCACCACGGCAGCCACCACUCCGCUCCCAGUCGAUCGCAACCAACGGGCCGACGAUCUCGGAGCCCUGAUGCUCACCUCAGGCAGCACCGGUUUCUCCAAAGCCGUGUGUCUCCGGCAGCCGCAGAUGCUGGCCGCAGCCGCCGGGAAAGCCGCACACUGCGGAGCGACCUCUCAGGACGUCUUCCUCAGCUGGAUCGCGCUCGACCACGUCGUCAACCUGGUCGAGAUGCACCUCCACGCCAUGCGGCUGGGGGCAGAGCAGAUCCAGGUGGCUACUGAGCUGGUAGUGGCCGAGCCGCGCCGCUUCCUCGACUUGGUCGAUCGCCAUCGCGUCUCCCUCAGCUUUGCCCCCAACUUCUUCCUGGCCCUGCUGUGCGAGCGCGUCUGUCAUCCCACACCGGAGCAGGAGGCCCAGCCCGCCCCAAGCUGGGACCUCUCGUGUCUGCGCUGUGUCUUUUCUGGCGGCGAGGCCACUGUGCGGCAAAUGGCGGUGCAGCUCCUCCGGGCACUCCAGCCCUACGGCGCCCGGCCCUUCAUCCGCGCGGGCUACGGCUUGACCGAGUCGUGCGCGGGCAUGGUCUGGGACCUGGUCGACCACACCGUGGACGGCCUUCAUGACGCGGCGGGCGAGUUCAUGUGCUGCGGCCUGCCCAUCCCCGGGGUGAAGAUGCGCGUGCUGCGGGAGCGCGACGAGAGCGAGGCGGCCGCGGGCGAGGAAGGGAUGUUGCAGCUGCGCGGAGCCGUGCUGUUCGACCGAUACUACCGCGAUGCGGCCGCCACGCGUGGGGCUUUCACGUCCGACGGCUGGUUCAUCACAGGGGACAACGCCUACCUGGAUGCGCACGGCCAGCUGUACAUCACGGGCCGCACCAAAGACACGCUCCUGCUCAACGGGCUGACCAUCUUCGCUGUCGAGGUCGAGCAUAGCCUUGAGCAGGCACGGAUCCCCGGUCUGACCCCGAGCUUCACGCUCGUCUUCGCUCACCGGCCCCCCGGUGCCCUAACCGAGUCCUACUGCGUAGUGUACCUGCCCAGCUACAGCCCAGACGACGCCGCGGCCCGCGUCGCCACCACCGAAGCUAUCGAGCGGAUCGCCAGUCUGGUCGUGCACGUCAAACCCGCCGCGGUGCUCCCCCUACCACGCAGCCAUUUCGAAAAGACCUCACUUGGCAAGCUCUCCCGAGCGCACUUCCGGCGCCUCUUUGAGUCUGGCGCCCUGGACUCCGAACGCAAAGCGCACGAGAGCAGCAUCCAUGCGCACCGCCAAGCGCACCGGCAGGCCCCCUCCUCGCCCACCGAGCAAACGAUCCUCACCCUCAUCUGCGCGCGCCUCCACGCGGCCGACCCCGACUCCGUCAGCGUGACCACCAACCUCUUCAGCCUGGGCCUCUCUUCGCUCGACUUCUACACCGUCACGCAGGAUUUGCACCAAACCUUUGGAGUGGUCUUCACCCUCCCGGACCUUCUCAGGGACCCGACCGUUGCCGGUCUCGCCCGCCGCCUGGCCUCCAAGCAGCAACAACAACAACCCAGCCCUAACUCCCAACACCACUCCCCCUCUCUCUCCCCCUCCCUACAACCAGACAACCCCACCGAAUACGACCCCGUCGUCCCCCUGCAACUUACCGGCCCCAAAACCCCACUAUGGCUCGUCCACCCCGCCUCAGGCAACGUCCUCAUCUUCGCUAAUCUAGCACGAGCCUUCCACGACCGACCCAUCUACGCCUUCCGAUCCCGCGGCGUCCAAUCCGGUGAGCCCCUCUUCACCAGCAUCGCCGAGAUGGCCUCCACCUACGCAGCAGCGAUGCAACGCACGCAGCCCUCGGGCCCCUACGCACUCGCCGGCUACUCGCUAGGCAGCAGCAUCGCCUUCGAGAUCGCCAAACGCCUCGAGGCUACCGGCGCAGAAGUCCGUUUCCUAGGCGCACUAGACGGACCCCCGGACAUCGCGCCGCUCGUGGGCCAGCUCACCUGGACCGAGGCGCUGGUCAUGAUCGGGUACUUUUACGAGCUCAUCUCCGAAACGCGGUGCGUGGCGUUGAUGCCGCAGUUACGCGAUGUAGAUCGCGAGCUCGCGUUGGAUGUGGUCCUGCGGGAGGCAGACCCAAAUCGCGUGAAGGCGUUACGGUUGGAUCGGGAGGAGCUCAGGCAUGUCACCGACGUGACGGCGGGUUUCUCCCGCGCCGCGGGCGAGUAUACCCCGGCCGGGAGCGUGGCGGGCGCGCCUGUGGAUGUGUUCGCCGUCGAUCCGCUGCUCACGGUCACGGAUGACCGGGGGGUCUGGAUCGAGCGGUAUCUGGGCCAGUGGCAGGGGUUGUCGCAGCGGGGCAUGGCGUUGCACCAGUGCGAGGGCCGCCAUGCCGAUAUGCUGGGCGCGCGCCGUCGGGGCGGGAUCCGUCGCGGUGGUGCGACCAAGUCGCCGGUCACCGAGGCUCCAGCGCCAGUCCACAACCCUACCUUUCCAGCUGUGUCCAUCGGCCAGCACCCAUUUCCAGUCUCCGCUCCAAAUAAUGUGAUAGGAGAGGAAGAAGACCUAGCGAACAUCUUCAAUCUACUCCACCCUCUUGGUGGGAUUCGCAAUCUGGAUGUGAAUGAGAUCGAUGGAUCGAGAUAUGAUGAUUGGAGCGGAGUGCCAGCGGCAGAAGGCCCGGACAUUAAUGCUUGUGAUCCCAUGGGAGAUGUGAUUGGCACGAGUCCUCUAGUGGUUCUGCGCGCAUAUGCAUCCGAUGAGGACCUACUGAAUGCUUACUACGUACACAUUCAUCCAUUCUUGCCGAUUCUUCCGCCUCCUCUCACACCGCAACCUGAUGACCGGCCGUCAGCUGUUCGAUUUGCGCCGGGCCAAGUCCGGUCUAUCCAAGAAUCCUCUUUUCUACACUGGCCGGCUUCCGCACUGACCCUGGCUAUCGCAGCCAUUCUGGUAUCCAUUCCUCUGCCCCAGGGUUCCGACCCGAGUGCAGAAUCGAGUCUCUCGUUGAGACGGUCGGCGGCACAGCAUUUCGCAGAAGCGGCGUUUCGUGCAGUGGACGACGGGACCGAUGCGAUGGCUCAUACACCGGCCGACACAACUAUCUUCGCAGGACCCGGUACCGGUAACAACGACAUCUCGCCAGUGUCUUCCGUCCUGGCCCUGAUACUACUGAGUAUUCAUGAAUACUGCCAGCGGGGGAACGUGUCUCGCAUGCGGCGUCGCGCUAACCAGGCGAUCACAACCGCCAUGGAUCUCCGCUUGCAUAGCCUGGGUGCUGCGGCAACCGAGGCACAGCGCCGAGCGUGGUGGGGUGCGAUGCUCAUUCUAUAUCUAUCGUCCAUCGACCAAGACGUAUUACCUCUCAUCACCCUUGACGACCCGAGGAUCACAACUCCAUAUCCUGCCAUCCACAACCACUCGGAGCCAUGGCCCCUUCUACUCCAAGCCGAAGCUAUCAUCCUAUCAGUCUCGCAGACCUUGUAUAACCAGCACAGCCCUAAUGUGCCAGCAGCCCCGUCUCCUUCCCUCAAGGCUGAAAUUACACAGCUUGACGCGAACAUCCUGGAAUUAACGCGCAAGCUCGACCGGUCACCGCGACCUGCAUCCAGGGCCGGUGUCGAAGAACAGGCACUCUUAACAACGUGGGCGAUCGCCCAGUCAUUGGCCUAUUCAGCCCGCGUGCGCCUCCACCGCUUUCACGCCUUCAGCAACAUAGCCCCCAUAUUCUUCUCCAAACACUGCAACCUCCCCACCCACUCAGACCCCACCCGGCCGCGUCAGUCAAUACCCGAAGAGCAGAUCCUCGCCUCCGCUGCCUUCCCAUCCACAGAAGCGCAGUCCUCCCUAAUCUGUCUGAAAGCCGCCCUGGCCAUGGCGCGCGCAUACGAAAGGAUCGCAGCGAUUGCAUCCGAAGGCGGCUCACGCAACGGAGCAUCUCACCCCCAAGCGAUCGGAGCAGCACCUGCCCCCCCCACAGAGGGAUUUUUUCUUCCCGGUGCAGCGCAACUUCCACAGCGAACGCACAUCAUCCCGUUUUUCCUCUGCGGCGCGAUGCAGGCCUCCUAUGUCCUGCUCAUGACUUACCGUCAGCUUCGGAUGGCGCUCGGAUUGACGGGGGAGGAGCUGCAGGUCGCUCUGGGGACGUACGCCCACCUGCUUCCGCACCUGCUGGAGCCGGGAGCCGAGGUCCAGGAUGUGGAGCGGCUGCUGCGCGAGCUGCGGCAGGGAGUGGAGUCGAUUCUCGGGGCGAUGCGGUUGACGGUCGCGUUUGAGGGGGUGGGGGGGAUGGGGGUCGAGGUGCAGGGCGCGUAUCGUUCGGUGUGUGGAGGGGAAUUGUAA